GCGAAACCUGCCUGUGAGAAUUGUCGGUUGGCUGGCGUAGCUUGCCUCUUUACUCGUUUACCUCAGCGGAAAAGCCCCCGCGAACAGCUUGAAGAAGCCAAGGCUCAAAUUAAACAAUUAAAAGAAACUCUACGCCUGGAAAGGGACUACCAGACUCGCUCUCAAUCUUCCAGCCCAGCAGCGCCGACUGUCAGUGUCUUCGAUCCAUGCGGGUUCGAGACUACAUUGACUGCCUUUCAAUGGCAUCUUCAGUUUUGUAUGCCUGGGGUUGAUCCCGACAGGCGACUGGACACGCUUUUUAAUUUUGAUGCCUUUGCUCACGGGCUAAAGCUGUCGCUCGAUUCACCACUAACAACCCCAGCCAAGGUGAUUACGCCGAAAUGGCCUUCCCGCCUGAUGAUGAAACAGUCACUUGAAUAUUAUGAAAACAACAAGCUCUAUGUGAUAUUUCCGAUGGUGGAUACCGUGGCUUUGAAACGCCUUCUAGAUGCCAACGAUUUGGGUCUGCACGGAGGGACGAUCGAUGCGGCCAACCAGGCAUGUUUAACUGCCCUGACAGCUUUUAUCACUCGACUUCGUCAUCAUGAGCCUGCAUUUACCGAGGCGGAUUCCAGUGCCUACAUGCAAGCUGUACUUUCGAUGCUGCCCCAGCUGGUCAUGGAACAUACCAACAUUCGGGUCUUGGAGGCCGUGUUGAUUCUUGCUGCCGAUCUCGCUCCUCAAGGCCAACCACAGACAGCAGAGCUUUUAAUGUCCCUAGCAGUACGAAUCCUCUAUAAUCUCAAAGGCAACAUCAACAAACCAGCUUCCUCAGACCCCGAGCAAAUCCGAGCUCACCACCAUCUCCGCGCUCUCUUCUGGGUGUGCUACUCCAUCGACAAAGAAAUGUCUCUCCGUCGAUGCCAACCACCAAUCAUCAACGACUCCGAUUGCGACCUAGAUCUACCAGCAACAUACGUAUCCGUAACCUCCGACCACCAAUUCUUCCACUCGCCCUUAUCCCUCCAAGAGCUUCUCUACCCCACAGAUCUCCGUCUCGCAAUACUCAAAUCCAAAAUCUACCGCCUUCUCUACUCACCAUCAAGUCUGCGACUCCCCGAAAGCACCCGUUUACAUUUAAUCCGGCAACUGGACGAGGAACUGAGCGAUCUGAAGGCUCAAUUCCCGGCCGUCUGCCAGCCAGAUAGAUAUGCGAAGGGCGAGGUACCAGACACCUUACUCCACGAUCUUAGUUUGCGAGGUGUAAACACGCAUCUGGAAUAUUACCAUUGUCUGUCCAAGAUUCACGGAGCUAGUAUCAGUGGUAGCAACGACUCGGCCAUGUCACCUCCAUCCUCCAGCAUGGAACUUUGUUAUCAGGCUUCCCGCUUGACACUAUUAUACGUCUGUCGAAUUCAUCAUCUCAUCAUGAAAGAAACAUUCUGGAUUUACGCGCAGUUCAUUCUGACUGCAGUCUUUGCGUUGUACCAGCGCAUCAAAAUGACUUCCGCCAAGUAUGUUCAUGAGGAUCUUCGGCUUUUGGAGAAGAUUCAUGAGGUAUUCGUCACUCUUCGGAUUGCUGAUGAGGAGGAUGGGUUUCCGCCGUUUGCUGUCACAGAGGCUCUCAUACAAAACUUGGUCUGUUCGGUUAAGUAG